AAUAAUUUCCAUCAUUUCAUUUAAUUGGUUACUUUUGAAUAAUUUUUUGACGACAAAAAAAAAUAAUACAUGGAUACAAUAUGCAAUAAUGCUGAUGUUGAUGACAAUAAAGCUUCACAAUCAAAAAAAACAAUGGCUUUAUUCAUCAAUCAAAAAACAUUCAUGGAUAUUUCCAUUAAAUUGUUCUAUUGGAACUUUGUUAAUCACCAUUGUUCCAUAUAUAUUAACCGUACAUUAUGGUUAUACUAAUAAAAAAAUAUUUCCACUUAUUAGCGAUUCUGGUGGUUAUCCACCUGGUGCUAAUAUAUUUUCAUCAUUCUUAAUUAUUUGUGCAAUAUUUUCAACACUUACUGCAUGGUUUCGUUAUAAACAAGUAAAAUAUUAUCUACAAUUACAUUGGAAAGAUGAUCAAAACAUGAAUGAAUUGAAAUAUUUAAGAUCAAUCAAUUGGACAUUAGUAAUUUUAAUGAUUUUUUCAUCAUUUGGUAUGCUAAUUGCAGCAUCAUUUCGUUUUACGGAUUCGGCCACAAUUGCUGUUAUACAUGGAAUUGGUGCUACAAUAACAUUUGUUUGUGAUUUACUUUAUAGUAUCGGUACAGCAUAUAUCUGUUGGAAAUUGUAUCAUGUUUAUUGUUUGGAAUCAAAACCAAUAUCAUUAAUUGUUUUUACCAUCGUAAAGACGAUAACGGCAACUAUAUUUGCAUUAAAUUUUCUAAUCUCUUGGUAUAUGGCUGGUAAUGAUUUUCUUGAUGCUAAAUUUCGUUUAAAAUGGCCAGAUGUAAAUAGUCGAAUAUUUUUUUUAACCGCAACAUUCAGUGAAACAAUAUUAGUACUAUUAAUUUCCGUUGGAUGAUUAUGUUUAUUUAAUCGUAUUCGAAAAUUUAAUGACUGGAACAAGAUACGUUUCUGAAUUUGUUGUUUACAAAAUUGUCAUGAUUGAUAAUAAUGGUAAUGGUAAUU